AUGAACAACAACGUCAUCAGGUCUCAGGAUCAACCACGCUCAAGACCAGCCAAGCCAGUCACCAUCCAUGGCUGCGCCCUCUCCGGUGACCUCGUCGGACUCCAGAGGCUACUUCGAGAUAACCCUUCUCUACUCAAUGAGAGAAACCCUGUUAUGGCACAGACACCACUUCAUGUCUCUGCUGGUAACAAUAGGACAGAGAUAGUUAAAUUUCUUCUUGAUUGGCAAGGGCCAGAUAGGGUUGAGAUGGAGGCCAAGAAUAUGUAUGGAGAAACUCCGUUGCACAUGGCAGCAAAGAAUGGGUGCAAUGAAGCCGCACAAUUACUUCUAGCUCGUGGUGCUAUUGUUGAAGCCAGAGCAAAUAAUGGUAUGACUCCUUUACAUCUUGCUGUUUGGUACUCACUGCGGGCGGAGGAAUUCUUAACUGUGAAAACAUUGCUUGAGUACAAUGCUGAUUGCAGUGCUAAGGAUGAUGAGGGAAUGACUCCUUUAAAUCAUCUAUCCCAAGGGCCUGGAACUGAGAAACUUAGGGAACUAUUACAUUGGCAUCUUGAAGAGCAGAGGAAACGACGAGCCAUUGAAGCUUGCGGCGAAACCAAAGCUAAAAUGGACCAGCUUGAGAAGGAACUAUCCAAUAUUGUGGGUCUUAAUGAUCUAAAGGUACAACUACGCAAGUGGGCAAAGGGCAUGCUUUUGGAUGAGAGACGAAGAGCUCUUGGCCUGCAUGUUGGCACAAGAAGACCACCUCAUAUGGCCUUUCUUGGCAACCCUGGAACAGGUAAAACAAUGGUAGCAAGGAUUCUUGGAAAAUUACUCCAUAUGGUGGGAAUUCUACCUACAGAUAAAGUAACAGAAGUACAGCGAACUGACUUAGUUGGCGAAUUUGUUGGCCACACUGGUCCAAAAACCAGGAGGAAGAUCAAUGAAGCAGAAGGGGGGAUUCUUUUUGUUGAUGAAGCUUAUAGAUUGAUACCAAUGCAAAAGUCUGAUGACAAGGACUAUGGGUUGGAAGCCUUAGAGGAGAUUAUGUCUGUCAUGGACAGUGGCAAAAUUGUAGUAAUAUUUGCUGGCUACAGUGAACCAAUGAAGCGAGUGAUAGGCUCGAACGAAGGUUUCUGUAGACGGGUGACCAAGUUUUUCCAAUUUAAUGAUUUCAACUCAGAAGAACUAGCACAAAUCCUUCACUUUAAGAUGCAUAAUUUAGGAGAAGAUAGUUUGCUUUAUGGAUUUAAGUUGCAUCCCCAUUGUAGUAUAAAAGCCUUAGCUGCACUGAUAAAAAGGGAAACAACAGAAAAACAGCGUAAGGAGACAAAUGGUGGUUUGGUAGCUACCAUAUUGGUUAAUGCUAGAGAAAAUUUGGACCUAAGGCUCAGCUUUGACUGUAUGGAUACAGAAGAACUUCUUACCAUCACUUUGGUAGAUUUAGAAGCAGGCCUUCAGCUAUUAACACAGUAA